AUGGCCAUGUGGCCUUUCCGUCGCAGGGGCUCGCGCAAGCGAUCUCGAACGCCGGCCCUCGGUUCCGAUGCCGACACUUUAGAGCGUGGUCGUCAAGCGCAACCACCAUCGCGAAGUCAGACCGAACCCAUCGAUACUACAAUAGGCAAUGAGUCACUAAGAGGAAAGCGAGAUGGUCCUCACAAGUUGCAACGGCGUCAACGUACUUAUAGCUUCUCUCCCGGGCGUCGAGACUCUAUACGCGUUUCCAAGACGAAAAAGGGACCGGUUGCAUCGUUACCUGCUGACUCUAUACCGACCGUCGCAGAUGAGGCAUAUAGGGGUCACGGACUGCCAUCGGGAUCCAAUGACGAUCUCGCGACUCGAGUGCCGACUCUGCAUCAUGAGAACUCACGAAACAAACGACGGGGCCAGCCUUUACCACGAAAAAAGUCCAGUAAGCGCCGGAAAGAGGACCAUAGCCGGGAGGCUGAAAUCAAGGCCAUGAGCCAGUUUAUGCCAGUACGCCCUGCCGCAGACGCAUGGCCAGCUGGCCGCUUAAUGAAAAGGGAAAGCAGACGGACAAGACCGGGUUCGAGUAGGAACUGGGAUGAACCUUCCUCCGAUAUUUCAUUGCCUAUGCCUCGCUCUAUUCAUUCGACCAUGUCGACGGACUCGGAACAACUCUCAUGGAAAGUCUCUGUCUUCGAGUCUCUUGCACCUCGCCCGACACUACGAUGUGCUGCCAAUCCUGUUUAUGGACCAGCAGCCAGCAGUGCGUUAACCCGAUCCCAGUCCACAAAGCGGAAGCUCGCAGAAAGGAGCCCAAUCCCUGAAGCUACACUCCGAGCUCAUAAGAGGAUCGACAAUCUGGCGGACGACUUAGAUGCAUCAGAUUUACGAGAAUUGAUGGAGCGAGAUAGGCGGAGGAGAGAAAGGAAGAAAGAGAAGGAACGUGAAAGAAUAGAGAGGCGUCUCGCUAGGAGAGCAGAGAAGCAGCGAGCAGAAGAAGCCGAGGCUGUUAAGAGCGGUACUCCACCACCCCAGAAUCUGGAGAGAGGUGUUCUGGGCCGUGAAAUAGCUGGCGAAGAUCCGGCUUCAGUAGUUAUUACAUCAUCGAGAAGGAGGCGCUCGGACGACUCGCCACGGAGACACAGCAGGCAGCAGGAGGAAUUGGAAGCCCGUGGAGAUUCACCAAAACCUCUAGAUGAGUUUCAUCGCACGGAAAGUAUUCCCCUUGAGCCAUCUACUCCAGCCAAGGCUCCAGAAUCCGAGCAAGUGCCCGAGUCUUCCCAAAAGCAGCAGCAGCAGCCAUCUUCACGCUCCUCGAGCCCGAAAAUUUUAAGUUUUAUUCGUACAAGGACAUCGCGCUCGAGGUCACCCAAAGAUUCCGCCCGAACUAGGACUGAUGUUGAACAACCCUCGCCUUCACUAACUAAGCUAGACUAUGCAGAGUCUGGCAGCAGGGUCUCCGACGCCGGCUCCUCGAGACCGUGGAGGUCAUUCUUCAAAUGGGGUAAGAAUAAGCGCAGCUCCGGCCCGUCAUCUUUUUCGAACACUUCGCGAGAUUCCAUGUCAGCAGGCCCACCGCCAACACAUCAUAAUUUCGUACCGCGAAAAAUCAGCUCAGGCGUACCCAAGAGGACUAUGUCUCGUUUCCGAGAGGACCUCCCUGAGUUGCCUAUAUCUCCUCCGGACUCGCGAGUGGCAUCCCCUGAUGCCGAUCCUCUACCUGUGGACCCCCUACCCGUAAUCCCUGAUGACGUGCAGAUGCGCUAUGAUACACCAACAUCGGGCCGUCGAUCACACGACGUUAUGCGGGCGACUCCUAUUUCCUGGCAGCGAGAUGAAAUCCAAUCGUCGCCGGCGCCACAUUCUAUGUCGCUCGCCUCUAUCGAUUCGGAGGCAUCUUGGCUCUCGGGCCGCAUUAAUAGGAAGCGAGCCUCAUCAGGUAUGAGAAAUUCGCUUCAACAGUACGCUCAACCUGCUUUCUCUACGGAAUGUGAGGAACAUGCUUCAGACGACGAAAAUAUUGUCGAGGAUGAGUAUAUGAAUAGCGUCGUCCCCACUCACUCACAUGAAAAGUCUACAGGCGAAGCUCGUCCGAGCAGCGAUGAGGAAGAUGAAGACCGUGAAGCUAAGUGGGGUGCUGUUGGUCAAACACCUACCGUACACCACAGAGAUACCAUGCGAAGCAGAGAAGGCUUUCUUCAGUCCUUUGACGAUGAUGAGAAAGAUCUCGAGAAAUACAGCGACGAUGAAGAAGAGGGUCAAAGUCCUGUCCAACCGCAGAGAGCAACUAGCGUUAACCUUGAUAAGGGUCACGCUCGGAACUUCAGUGCGGGUAGCGCUAAACUGCUAGAGAUAUCCCCUCGAGCAUCUGGUGAGAACAGGCGGAGUUUAAUCGACCGCGGUACUCAGUAG